AUGAAUCAAAGCUAAACGAUUUCAACUCUAAACACAUCCAUUCAAAAAGCAAAAUCAGAUUUUCAAUAAAUUACAACUCAAAAUAGGUAUUCUUAUUCUUCAACUAGAUCUCUCAUUUCAUAAAUGAAAAUAGACAAUUCUGAAUACACAGAUUAAUUGAUCAAUUAAAAAUAAAAAAAUACAGUUGUAGAUACUCAAAUAGCUUUAAGUGUAAUUAAGGCUUAGGAAGAAUGUGCAUUGAUAGCUUAAAAAAUAGAGAUAGAAACUAAAAAAAAAGUAUAAUAUACCUUGAUUUUUUAGUAAGACUUAGAGAAUUUAGUAAAUGCAAUGAAAGUAAGUGCAAAAGACAUCUCAAAAAUAGAAAAUACAAAUUCUGGUAGCGAGUUGACUUAAGUGUAGAAAGUAAAAUUAAUAUUUAAAUUGAUAGGCAGUUCGAGAUGCAGAAUUGAAACUGUAAUAGAUUCAUAUAAAACACAAUGAGUAAUUAGCAGAAGUUGAAGCAGAAAAAGAAUAAUUGAAUCUUAGCAGAAGGGAGAGAGUCAUUUAUUCAACAGUAUUUAAAGGAAUAGAAAAAGAUGCUAUUUUUAAACAAAGAGAAUAUUAAAAUUGUAUAAGAUAAAACGAAUUGCUAAAAGAGGAGGUAACUCAAAAAUAUAAUUUAUAGCAAAAAUUUCUUUAAGACUAACUCAAGUUAAUUAAGGAAUUAGCUGAUAAAGAACAAAAUAAAUUCCAGCAAGAAUACGAGGCAUUAUUUAAACCAUAGAAGGAUGAUUAAUAAGAAUAAUAAAGCAUGGCAUCUGAUUAAAAAUCUUAAGUUCAAGGACCCUACCUAACAGAAUAAGGCGAUUAGUCAAAACCAAUAUUAAAAGAAAGAAGUGAAUCAUAAUAAGAAUAGAAGGAUGUUGCUUAAUAAGUUCUAGAAUAUGAGGCUUAAUUUAAUAAACUUUAUUUGGAAACUGGAUUCAACAAUGUUGAUGCAAUACUGAAAUAAUAUUAUAAUUAAGAAAUCUGGAUUGAUGAAAUCUAUAAAGAAAUCAAUGAGAUCAAUUAAGAAGUAAUAAUAUUAUUUUAUUUAUAGAUUGAACAAACUGAAUAAAAGAACGAGAAAAUCUAAUAAUAUUUACAAAAGUUUAAAUAAAUGGCAAAAGCUCCUAUCAAAGAAUAGGUAAAUUUAGAAGAUUCUAAGAUCGAAAGAAUAUCGAGAGGAAUUGAUUAAAAUAAAAAGCAAAUUGCAUAAAUUUAAUAAUAAUAUAUGAGGAUUCAAGAAUAAAUAGGUGUUGAAAUUAUUAAUGAAGAUGAUGAUGAGACAACGCUUUUACCAAAAAUAGAAUAAUUAGAAAAAAUAAUAGACAAUAUUUUAUUAGUUUCAAAUUAGUAUGUUCCUAAAUAGGAUCAAAAGAAACAAAAGAAAGGAACAGUUAAGUUUGAUGAUGAUAAGAGUGAAAUAUCUGGUACUAAGUAACAUACAGAAUUAAAAUCAUAAUCUGAUCAUUAAUUUGAUUUAGACAUUAUAUUAACAGAAGGUAAAUACCAUUUAUUACAUUUUAGUUGAGAAAAGAAAAACUCUGGCAGAAUCAAGACAUACUAAAGAAGAAUUGUAAAAAGAAAGUGCUGAUUAGAUGGUGUUAUCUUAAAAUAAAAAAUAAAAUUCCAAAAGAUCAAAGUAUUAACAAUAGCAAUAUUGA